ACGUGGCAACGAGAACAACAACACCCAAUAGUUGUUUGAUCGAUGUUUGAGUGAAAAAAUAAUAAUUUUUCUACUGUUCUAUUUUAUUUUUAAAUCAUUUACAAUCUAAUAAAUAAUUAAUUAGAAAAAAUAUAUUAAUUAUGGCUGAAGAAAAAAAGAAAAAUACUGGAUUUGAUGCGGAAUGCGACGCAAGAAGGCAAAAAAUUCGAGAACUUAUUAAAGACCACAUUAAAGUCGAUAACGCCGGAAAAAUUAAACAGAAGAAAACUGGAAUUGAGGGGCAGUUAGAAUCAAGCGAUGAAAAACUGAAGGAACUUAUACAGUUUGGUGAUGAGCUAGUAACAAAUAUAAAGGUGGCGAGAGAAAUGCGCGAAAUUCAGCGACGAAGUUUUGAAGAAGCUCAAAAAAAAGCUCUUCUCAAUGAUCUGAGUAAGGAAUCCUCUGAAGCAAUAGCUAAAUUCAACAGCAUUUCUGACAAAUGGUCUGAACUAAAAAGCUAUAAAGAGCCAGUUGUUAUGUUUAAUCAGUUGGAAAAUCAAAAGGAAUGCAUAAAAGAGCUAAUGAUCAGCAAAGACAAUAUAAUUGAUAAGUGUCAGAAAGAAAUAAACCGUGUGAGCGAUAAAUACUACACAGAUCAAGAGAAACAAUCUGAUGAAAUUUGCCUUUUAGUUGAGAGAAUAGAUUGUCAAGUUGAACUUAUAAAAAAGGCUUAUAAAAACCAUUUAGACCUUCUACAAGAUGCAAUAGAAGAAGAACGUCUUGCUGUGGCCAAAACAGAAUCCGAACAAUGGAAUGGGCUUUUUGAUACUAUAAAGACUUUUGGAACACACAAGCUUCAGAUCGAAAAAGAUAAAGAAAAAAUCUACGUAAGUGAAAUUGAAAAAAACUGCAGGGAGCAACAGGAAAUUACAAGAGAUACUAGAAUUCGUCUGGAACGUGAUGCUGAAGCUCUCCAACUGGAGUUGAGAAGUACACAAAACAAUGUCCUAAUGAAUUCAGAAAAGCUAGACUACAACUACCAGGUUCUAAAAAAACGAAACGAAGAAAAUGUAAUUAUAAAUAAUCAGCAAAAACGAAGACUGGCAAAAUUUAAGGAAACAAUAACAGCUUUAAAAUCCAAAAUCCAAACUAUAACUGAAAAGUCCCAUGGAGUCGUGAAGAAAAUGUCGGUAGAAGUAGAAAAACUUUAUACCAAUAUAUCACAUUUGGAAAAAAAGUCCCAACAAUUUUUGCAGGCGAAUGAAAAAAAGUUCUCUUACGUUUGGAACAUAAAUUAUCAAGAAGCACUUUCCCUGACAAACAGAAUUUUUGAAAUAGAUAGGUUGUUACAUGUUCAGCAGCUCGGAGUAGAAUGGACACCUCACAAUAUCGAAGGGUUACUACAUUGUGCCAAUAUAAACACUGGAGAAAAUAUCAUAAGUGUUGAAGUAGAAAGCAAACGAAAUUCUUCUAGUACUUGUGGAAAGACUGUUACGCAACAAGUUGCCGAAAUACGCCUUCUGCGAUGCAUUCUUAAAAAGAUAUCUGAUCGUGCUGGAUUUUUAAUAGAAGACAAACUACUUAAAAUUCUGGAACCAUACACUGAUGAAGAAAAACGUCUAGUUCGGCUAGAUAACAUAUUUUAUGCCUUAAAUAUAACUGAAUACAAGGACAUAACCUCAUUAAUCGAUUUCUUUUUACCAUACUCUUGGUGCCCGAACUGCGCUUAUGGUUUACCCAGUGACAAUGGUGAAGCAUUACGUGAUUAUGAUGAACGGCCUAACUCGACGCGAGGAAGGCCUUCUUUAGCUGUAGAAAUAGAAAAUGUUAUGGCCACCACACCUUCCUCACCCUCAUCAGUUUCUGACAACUGGUCAAUAUCUACAGAUGAUAUUGAGCGCAAUAUAACAUCUAUUUUGACAAACAAAAAGGAAUGUGAAAGACCAAUGGCACAAAAUAAAGAGGAGAAUAUUUGCUCACGUCAUUACUUGGUUAUUAAACCGGCCUUUGUUUUAACUGCCCUACGAAGCUUUACGGAAAAUUACUUAAAAAAGCAUGAUAAGGCGCGCUUAGGAAAGUUUGAAAGAGCUAUUGUUAGAAGUUCAACGACUAACCGAUCCUUAACAAGAGAUGUUAAGGAGAAAUGUUGGUCAACACUUCUACAAACAGUGACUGAAGAAAAUAAAAAAUUAUGGCAAACUCUUGAACAUGGCUUGGAUCAUUAUUUGGAUGUUCUUAAAGAACGGGAAGAGCUUGACGUUAAUUGUGAAUUCCUUAGAAGACAAAAUACGGAAUUGCGUCACCUUCUUCAGAAACAUCUUCCAUCAGCUGUAUAACUUUUCAAAAUUUAAAUUAAAUGUCUCAUAAAAAUAAACAAAUAGAUUUUUUUGUAA